AUGGUGUCUGUAGAAGAAGCCCUCUAGAAACAUUCUUGAAUUUACUCCCGAGUGUGCUCUGCAUUUCUCCGAAAAUGAGCCUGACGACAAAAGAAAUGUCUGCUGAUCAUAUUGGAUUCGACGAAGAAGAAUUUGAAUCCGAUGCCUUUCAACGGCCAUGCCACUAUUUAGAAUGUUUGGAGAGAAGAGAGACAAUUAUUCCAAUUUUUCAGCCUUUUAAAAUGACCAAAGCCCAAAGAUCAAUGGAAGCAAAAAGAGCGUAUCUGGAAAUUUUACUAAAACACUGUUGUGUGGAGGAUCCAAGUUGGUACGAACUCCGGAAUUUCGUGUCUUUUCUGAAUGUUCAGCUCCUUGAUUUUGAAAAUUCGGUUUUCUGCAGUGAUUCCAUGAGAACAAGUUUUGAGGGUUUUUCAAAAUUCGUGCUAAAAUUUCUUAUUCAGAUGGCAAGAGAUUUUUCAACUCAGUCCAGUGUUCUCAAAAAGAGCGAAUCUGAAAAGAAAAAUUAUUUAGACCACUUCAUGGAGCGUAAAACAUGGGAGACAAGGUGGUUUUUAAAAGCUGCAUGA